ACCGUACACAAGUGCCUCGGUUGGCAGUUGUGUCAGGCCUGCUACUGCUAGGUGUAGUCAGCUAUUGCAGGGUAUUGGCGGCUCCAACACACUGGGGUUCCUCCGGCGGUCAGUAGCGGUGGCAUGCCUCUUUCUCCCCAAGAGGACCAGGAUGAUCUACUGGGGGACCUCUCCAGACUCCAAAAUAAUCGCCAUGCCUCAGCCAAAGAUUGUCGACAUGGGCUCUGCCUUCAUCCAGACGCAGCAGCUCAACGCUGCCAUGGCGGACACCUUCCUGGAACACAUGUGCCUGCUGGACAUCGACUCAGAACCCACCACCGCUCGCAACACUGGCAUCAUCUGCACCAUUGGGCCAGCCUCUCGCUCUGUGGACAUGCUGAAGGAGAUGAUCAAGUCCGGAAUGAACAUUGCACGCUUGAACUUCUCCCAUGGCACACAUGAGUAUCAUGCUGAGACCAUCAAGAACGUGCGUGAGGCAUGUGAGAGCUUCGAACCAGGUAGCAUCCAAUACCGACCAAUCGGUAUCGCCCUGGACACCAAGGGCCCAGAGAUCAGAACCGGCCUCAUUCAGGGAAGCGGUACAGCUGAAGUGGAGCUGAAGAAGGGCAAGAUGAUAAAGAUCACCUUAGAUGACAGCAACCAGGAGAAAUGCAGUGACGAGAUCCUGUGGCUCGAUUACAAGAACAUCACCAAUGUUGUAGAACUUGGCAGCAAUAUCUACAUUGAUGAUGGACUCAUAUCGCUGCAGGUCAAGGAGAUCGGCUCCGAUUUCCUCAUGUGUGAGAUUGAGAACGGUGGCACCCUGGGCAGCAAGAAGGGCGUCAACCUGCCCGGCGCCGCCGUCGACCUGCCUGCUGUCUCCGACAAGGACAUUCAGGACCUGACGUUUGGCGUGGAGCAGGGUGUUGACAUGGUGUUCGCCUCCUUCAUCCGCAAAGCCGCCGACGUCCAUGCCGUCAGGGCCGUGCUGGGCGAGAAAGGCAAGGACAUCAAGAUCAUCAGCAAGCUGGAGAACCACGAAGGCGUGCGCAGGUUCGACGAGAUCAUGGAGGCCAGCGAUGGCAUCAUGGUUGCCCGUGGUGACCUUGGUAUUGAGAUCCCCACCGAAAAAGUCUUUGUAGCCCAAAAGAUGAUGAUUGGCCGAUGCAACAGAGCCGGAAAACCAAUCACCUGUGCCACUCAGAUGCUGGAGAGCAUGAUCAAGAAGCCGCGACCCACCCGCGCCGAGGGCAGCGAUGUCGCCAACGCCGUGCUGGACGGGGCCGACUGCAUCAUGCUGAGCGGCGAGACCGCAAAGGGAGACUACCCUCUUGAGGCCGUGCGCACACAGCACAUGAUCGCGCGUGAGGCCGAGGCAGCCACUUUCCACAGGAAGCUGUUUGAAGAGCUGAGGCGACACUCACAUCUGACCAGAGACCCGUCUGAGGUGGCGGCUGUUGGAGCCGUGGAGUCGUCAUUCAAGUGCUGUGCUAGCGCCAUUAUUGUUCUCACCAAGACCGGCAGGUCUGCCCACCUUAUCUCCAGGUACAGGCCCCGUGCUCCCAUCCUGGCCGUGACUCGUAAUGCCCAGACUGCCCGCCAAGCUCACCUGUACCGUGGGAUCUUUCCAGUCCUCUACACCGCUCCUGCCCACGACGUGUGGGCCGAGGAUGUCGACAUGCGCGUCAACUCUGCUAUGGAUAUGGGCAAGGUGAGAGGCUUCUUCAAGGAGGGCGACGUCGUUAUCGUCCUGACCGGCUGGCGUCCAGGCUCUGGUUUCACCAACACCAUGCGCGUGGUUCUGGUUGCCUAAGCAGCCAAAACAUGGGUCCACUCCAUCUCUGCCUGUUCUCUGUAUAACACUCCACCAUUGAUUCGCACUGCUCCUAUGUGAGCUAGUAGAACAUUAUACGCAAGCACAUAAAACGAUAAUCAGCGACCAAACAGCCACAAUAACCAUUCCAAGUGGGGUUAUUGGUGGCUUUGAAAAGGUUCAUGUCCCUGUGUCCAUUCCUUUUCAUGUUAAAUUUCCCUCAAUGAAACCAGUCUUCGGGGGCCCAAUCAGAUUGACACACAUCGACCAGAAGCUGCUGUAUUUCAUAAUUUGAGACGCAUUUAUUAAAAUCACUGCCAUUGAUGGCUGAUGAAUUAAAAAAUCCAUGUUAACAUGGAGGACUGGCAUUGAAUGAAUUCAACGUGAUUCCCCCCAAUCUGGUGUAUGCGUGUUUCUGCUCAUUUGGGUGGCGCCGCAUGAACACAAAACAGAUCCUUGUAGUGUUUUGUGUGUGAGUGUAUGAAUUGACUUCUAUGCUUUCAAUGUGUUGCACUCCUAAUCUUUCUCUGCACUGUGUUACAGUCUAUUAUAUUUGACUAUUGUGAAUGGUGUUUUGUUUGGGACAUUCCAGUCUAUUUUGUCUAACUAGAGAAUAUGGACGUCCCCCAUCAGAGCUGGUUACUGUUACGUAGAUGUCAUAUAUCAUUUCCUGUGUAGUUGAUCAUAUAUUGAAGUUGGCAACCUAGAAGUCUCACUUAAAAAUAUAUAUUUUGUCACUUUGAGGGAGGUUGUGAUGUUUAUGUCAGUGGAAGGUGGGUAAUAAAAGUAAGAAUCUCCUCUUUUUUGUUUGUUUUUUUGUUUUUUUGGAAAUCACUUGUCUGACAAGCUGUUGAUUAUCCCACUAGAGCUAUGUGAACGUGAAGAGGUCAUGCGUAGCUGGAGUUCAUCAAUAAAAAGGGCAAGUACCAAAACUC